UCGUUAAAACUUGAGUUGGUGCAACGAUCGCGAAUUGGAGGAUGGUGUAGUAAUAGCGAUAUUUUUCUGUGUUGUAUAUUAAUUGUAAAUAAAAGAUAUGGUUCAGUUACUGUAUAUAGUGUCUAGCUUACAUGUUUUACUGUGUCCAUUCACCAAAGUUGAGGAAAGUUUCAAUAUACAAGCUUUUCACGACAUAUUGUAUCACCGCUUUAACUUAUCACAGUACGAUCACAAUGACUUUCCGGGCGUUGUACCCCGUACUUUCAUCGGUCCACUUGCGAUUUCUGCGUUAUCUUCGCCCGUUGUAGGAGUAUUAUAUUUAUUAGGCAUAAAUAAAUUCUGGACGCAAUAUGUAGUUCGGCUAACCUUAGCAUUAACAGUGAUAGCAGCAUGGUCUCGCCUUCGGAACACACUUCAGAAACUAUUUGGCAGCACAUUUGCUUGGUGGUUCACAAUUAUUACUGUUUCCCAGUACCAUUUUAUGUUCUAUUUGAGUCGCCCAUUACCUAAUAUUAUGGCAAUGCCUAUGGUACUUUUUUCAUUGGAUGGUUGGUUAUCUGGAAGACGGAAACAAUUUGUUGUGUCGGCAGGUGCAGCUAUUGUUAUAUUUAGAUCUGAACUAGCAUUGUUAUUUGGAUUAUUCCUACUGAUUGAUUUUUACUUUAAAAAAAUUAAUAUUGUUGAGUUAAUGAAAAUAGUGAUCCCAUCUGGUAUUGGAUUGAUAUUAUUUACAGUUACUGUGGAUUCCAUUUUCUGGGGUCGGCUGCUUUGGCCCGAAGCUGAAGUAUUUUGGUUUAACACUGUGUUGAAUAAAAGCUCUGAAUGGGGUACCUCACCCUUUCUGUGGUAUUUUUACUCAGCUUUGCCAAGAGGACUAGGCCCAAGUAUUGUUUUGGUACCUGUUGGCCUUUACCUCGACCGACGGCUGCUCCAAAUAGUCGCUCCAGCUUUGGUUUAUAUACUGCUAUUUUCAUUUUUACCACACAAAGAAUUAAGAUUCAUCAUUUAUGUCUUUCCUUUGCUCAAUGUGGCUUCUGCUGUAACAUGUUCAUACAUAUACAUUCGGAGGUCAAAAGCACCAAUAUAUGAACUUUUGUUUUGGGGCUCAGUUCUUUUAAUUGUUUGCAAUUUAAUAUUUACUACGACAUUAGUUUUGGUCGCCAUGUCAAAUUAUCCAGGAGGUGUAGCAAUGACAAGGUUUCACAAGUUACUGAAGCAUGAGCCUUAUGUUCACUUACAUAUAAGUAACUUAGCUGCCCAGACCGGUGUGACCAGAUUUACCCAAAUACAGGACCAUUGGAUGUACAGUAAAAAUGAAUCACUUAGCACAAAUCAGUUGCAACACUUCACACACCUACUUGUAGAAGCUAAGAGCAAAUACUCUCCCAGUAUAAAGGCUUUUGUUCAAACACAUGAUAUAUUAGAUAGCGUCGAAUCAUUUUCACAAAUAGCUGUUAGUUAUAGACUAAUACCACCAAUAAAGAUUAAAACGAAACAAGCUUUAUUCAUUUUAGAGAGGAGAAAAUUCAGAGAUGAUCCUCAACCCGCGUUUAAUGACGUUAUAAGUGAUGAUGACGAAAACAAACAAUUUAUUAAUGAAGGAGAAAUGAAUGUGUACAAUUACGAGGAAGGGGACACAGCACCUGAUGAAUUUGUACCUAAUCAAAAAGCUGCUAACUCUGAUGAAAUAGCUGAUGUUGUAUCUAAUAGCGAAGAAAAUGUUUCUCACGAAAAUUUUGCGACUAUUGUAGACGAUGAAGAAACAUUGGCAUUUCGAAAAGAAAUUGAGGAUUCUAUAGCAAACAUUGAAACACCUCAAACGAACACCAGAUACGAACGAAAAAUGAAAGCUAUUGCGAAAAUAAAAUCAGAAACGAGAAAGGAAGUAGUUGCCUCAGCCAAAGAAAAGUUAAAAGAGAUAAUGAGGCGACAUAAAGACAUUGCUAAGGAGCUUUCAGAUAAUGAUAUAAGUAAUAAAGUAAGUGACAUCGAUAAAGAAACAAAUCGUGGUGAUAUACCCGAAACAGAAGAAUUAGAAGACAUAAAUACAAAUAGUGAAUCAAUUCCUAUUAAUAAUAUUGAAGACAAUCAAUCAAUCCUUGAAAACCAAGUAAAUAUAAAUGCAAUAAGUGAAGAAGCUGAUCCAAAUAAUAUUAUAAUCAAUCGUACAGAAGAAAAUAUAGACUCAAUUGUGGAGGAAGUUAUACACAGAUUAAUAGAUAGAAAAAUUUACGACGACAAAACAAAACCAGACGACAUAAAAAUUGAAGACAGAAGGAUAAUACAAAAGAUAGUUGAAGAAAUUUUGUCCGAAAGAAUGAAUUAUUCUAAGUCAGAUAUAAAAUGAUGUAAAUGUAAUUUAUAAAAUAUGUAAAUAAAAUUGUUUUAAUUU